CAUGUUUGCAGUAUAAGCGUGUGAGUUGCGGUGAAAUGUUCGACCGGUUCGUGGCGAAAAAUGUAAUAUAUAAAUAAUCGUACUCGUACAUGCAAAUACGCUAAAAGAAAAGAUAAGGUUUUAAGAAAAUUUUCAUAAAGAGUAAAAGGGCUCAAUGGAAGGAGCUACGGCGAAGCGUACGUCGUGCAAAAUGUGAAAUAAAAAUAAAAUAAAAAGUCUCAACUGAUUAAUUUCAAAAAUGUAUUUUUGAAAUAAAAACUAUAUUUUUUAUAUUUGAGUGUCAUUAAGCUAUUAUAUUAAAUUAAAAAAAAAAAAAACCACUCACAACAUGACAGCGCAAGUGAAAAGAGAGAAGUCUGACCUGAAUUGUGCCAAUAAAUCCACUCAAUAUGUGAAAAACUGUGGCAAAAUGUUGAAACGUGAUUUUCCCAUAUUGAUACUUUCGCUCUUCAUACUCUGUGGAUUCUUUGCCUUCAUGCAACAUGCUUUUCGUGCCAGUGUUACCAUAGAAGAGCAAGCCUUAACAAAAAAUAGCAUUAAGAGCGUAGAAGCAAAUACCGUUGUAUUACCGGCUGCUGAGGUCUUUUUCGGCGAUGAACUAUUCGAAAAAGAAUUACAAAGUCGUCAAUUAAUCGAACCUAAAGACAGUCGUGAAGUGAAAGUAUUUACUGAAUCAACAAAUAAAGUCAAAAAUGAAACAUUGGGACAACGUUUGAAGAAGUUGCUGAAAUGUAAUGAUCGCCCCUUGAGGUUGGAGAAGAUACAGUACGGCAGUUAUUGGUUGUUGCGAAAUUAUAUACGUGGCACGAUUAGUACGUCAACAGGCUGUGCCGACACUGUGACACUGACAACAAAUGGCGAUUACACAUUUUUCGAUAGCUUGCCAUUUUUAACGGAACGCUGGUUGGCGCCCAUUAGCUUUGCCCUUUUUGCGCCGGGCUAUGACUUCGAAGCCACACUGAAUUCCAUACAAUUUGUUCGUAAUUGUUUGCGUGAAAGUAAGUCCAUAAGGGAUUAUGUGACAUUUCACAUUUACUUCCCCGCAACCGAUAUGCCCGAAUAUGCACCGAUAACCGAAAAGGAGGCUAUAUCCUGGCCAUAUGACUGUGAUGCGCAACCACCUUAUGUGGAUGUGGAUAGGAGUACUAUGUAUAAGACGGAACACAACAUGACGUACCCCAUAAAUGUUGGAAGAAAUAUAGCACGAAAAUCCGCGAACACUUAUUUCAUAUUUGCCUCAGACAUUGAAUUAUAUCCAACGCCAGAAUUACCGCGCCUGUUUCUGGAACUUGUCGAACGGAAUCGGAGUGUGUACCUAGAUAACAAAGAGCUACGUGUCUAUACAUUACCAGUCUUCGAAGUUACUAAGGAUAGCCAAGUGCCAGAGAGUAAAACAGAACUUGUGGAGAUGCUGCACAAACAUAAGGCCAUACCGUUUCAUUCGAAAAUCUGUAAAAAUUGCCAUUUGGUGCCGAGACAUAAUGAAUGGGUAAAUUCUACAGACGCGAAUGAGCUGAGUUUGUUUUCGCAAACAAAACGCGAGGGAAAGUUCCGUUAUUGGGAACCUUUCUACAUAAGCGACAAUCAAGAGCCCAUGUUUGAUGAACGCGUCACGUGGGAGGGUCAAUCGAAUAAGCGUAUACAGGGCUACGCUAUGUGCCUGAUGAAAUAUGAUUACUUUGUAUUGCAUCCGGCCUUUUUGACGCAUACACCAGGCAUUAAAUAUUUUGAUAAAAAUGCCACACGACUCAGCUAUGUGCCGGCCAUGAAUAACCUUAUUAAAACAGUUAUACAACCUGAAUAUCAUAUUUUAUAUGGAAAGAAGAAUAAGAAAUGCUUCACGUGAUAUUGGUACAUAUAAGAUAUAUAUAUACAUAUAUAAUAUUCGCUUUGUAACCGCUAAGGCGUUUUUCGGCAGAGCUCUUCCUCCAA